AUGUCAUCAUCGAGGCUUGGUUCAUCAUCGGGAAAUCUAGAUUCAUCUAGUUUACGCCCAUACUAUGACCAUGAUACGUUUGAUGCUGGAUAUUCAGUAAUAUUUAAAAAGGGAAUAGGAUUAUUUGAUCCGAAAACUAAUCAACCUGUAACUGUUCAUUUAUCGUCGAAUACGGUAGAUAAUGCGGUUAACAUGAGUAGUAAUGGUAGAGGAGUACUACAACUGGGGGUGUUGCAGAGAGCGUUUGGUCGACAAACGGGCGGCAUUGGUAUCAAUGGCAUAGGUGUGAGAGAAGGCGCUAUUCAUGGAGGAAGCGGCGGUGGUGGUGACAAAAAUAUCAUUUAUGACUUGGAGUUCAAUGAGUAUUUUGAUAUCAAUAACCUCUACGAAUUAAUGAAAAACUUGGUAUGGAACUUUAUCAAGAGCUAUGUGAAGGUUUUGCUUGCUCAACCUUUGGAAAUUACCCGAUUGGUUUUGCAAGUUGGCAAAUUUAACCUUGAUGACGGCAAGAAGAAAGAUGAAGAUACUAAAGAAAAGAGGUUAUUGGAAAGGAAUAACAAUGUUUCAACUGUUUCUAUAUCAAAAAGAGAGGAGAAUGUCUUGAAUUUAUCGUCAAAAGUUAAUUUUAUCGAGGACGAUGAGCCAAUUGACUAUUUCCAACCACAAAAUGAUCAGCAAGUAUGGUCUAAUCCACAAUCGAUUUAUGAUCCCUUAACAUUGACACCACAACCACAAUCACAACCACAAUCACAAUCCUCACUGUCGUCUAUUGUUGUUUCACAACCCGACAACCAGCCUGUGCCACCACCUUUGAAACGGCUUAGUACAAAAAAAAGACUCAAAGUUUCCAAAAUACAGCCAAAAUCAUUACAUACGAUUGAUAUUAUUUCGGAGAUAACCCAAAAGGAUUCAUUUUUGGCGUUAUUUAGGGGUGCAAACUCCUCUUUUAUCUAUGUAACUUUAUCACAUACAAUUGAGGCAUGGAUAACAGGAUUUUUAUCGCCAUUCUUGGGUAUACCAGAUCCAUUUUUUCUCGACUUGACACAUUCAAACGAUCCGUUUAGAUCGUUGUGGUUAUCUGUUGGUGCAUGUGUAUUAACUGGAUUAGUAUUAAUGCCUUUAGAUUUGAUAAGAAUCAAAUUCAUGAUUACUCAGCCUAAUCAUGGGUUACCUUUUAAUAACAAUAUUAAGAGUGGAGAGGUUAGUACUUUGAACAGCAGCUUGCAUGGGGGUAAAAAGGAUGACUUGGUUGAACAAGCAGCAGAGGAGAUUUUACAAAACACAAGGUCGAUAAGGGAAUCUAUACGAUAUUUUCCUACAUACUAUUUAACUCAUCCAUCAACACCUAUUGUAUUGUUGACCACAUUUUAUCAGUUCAGCACAAGUAUAUUCCGUAGAGCAGCACCAUAUUUACUAUUUAUAAAGUUUAAUAUCGAUGCAUAUUCAUCCCCAGCGGUUUAUACGUUUAUUAAUCUUGUGUCGCUAAUAUGUGAGUUUUUCAUCAAAUUGCCAGUUGAGAACUUGUUAAGAAAAGAACAAGUAUCCUUCUUACUCAAGCCAAAGAAACAUGAUUUAAGGAAAGUCAUAACUAUUGUUAAACCUGAGGAGAAUUUGAUUGUUGAAUUUAACGGGUUUUCCUUGAGUUCCCAAGAGAAUAGAAUGGGGUGGAUACAGAGAAUUAAAUUGUUAGGGUUAUUCAAUGGUUGGAGAGUAGGAUUGAUGAAUGUAGUUGGAUUCUGGGGUUACAAUAUAAUAAAGCACAAUAGCUAUGAAUUUAAAGAGGAGAGAUUAUAA